UUGCACCGUGAAAUGUUUGGUUCUUCAAGGCAUUUCACCAAGCGAUCAGUUAUCGAGACUAGCCGCGAUUUUAGGUUUAUUUCCAAUGAAAGGAUCUUUUCAAUUCAGUAGACUCAGUAAAUUGUAAGUAGAAUACAAUUAAAUAUUGUAACAUCAGGAACAAGGUUUAAUGAUCUUACAGAUAAGAAAUCGUCGCUCAAGAAUUUGUGUUAGAACGCUGAUUCGUCUUCAUUGCUUACCUGCCAGAACUGGAAUGAGUAUCAUGAUGACCACGAACUGAGUUCCAUCCAUGGGAAACGUCACGAGAUGAUAAAAAAUGGCCUUGAAAACGAAUCGCUAGAGACAACACUAAGAUAAAACACGCAAGGGAUGUCAACAUUGCAGAAAUCGUCUUCGGGUCAACAAUUUGUUUAUCCAGGGACAGAAAAAGCCAAUGAUGGGAUGCUUCCGUACGUUUGCUACACUACUAUUCUGGAUAUUCAUGAUCGUGGGAAAAGCAGAACUGCAGCCUGUAUGGAUUUCAUCGCCUUUAAAUCCAGCCUUUGUUAUCGAAAAUGAGAAUCUUGAUCUGCACUGGAGGUUCAACACCGAUGGCUCACUGGCAUUUGCCAAGUUUUUGCUCAUCGGUGAUGACCAAUCAGAGAAGCUAAUAGCUCUCAAGUCAUCGUCUAACGCCUCUGUCAAUGUCGCUUCUGCCUUUCGAGAUCGAUUUAUUUUCAACAUUACAAAUAAGCAAGCUUUGGUUACACUUGUUGCUGUCCAACGAUCCGAUAGUGCCACAUAUCGCUUUCAGAUAGCAAACCAACAUCUGGAUGAAAUCGACAACGAUGUGAAUAUCAGAGUCCUAUUUCCACCAAGUAUAACAUCAAUGCAAUGCCCCAGUGCCGUCACGGAAGGUCAUAGUGUCAAACUUCUGUGUAAUUUCACCGGCAAUCCGUUGCCGAGUAUAGUAUGGAACAGAGCAAAUACAAGAAAGACACUUUCAAACCGUGAAAUACUGUUUAUAGAAGACAUCAAACGCGGUGACUCUAGUAGAUACGAGUGCCUUGCUUGGAACGGAAUCGGAAACAACAGCACAGAAUUCUGCGAAAUUGAUGUAAACUAUCCUGCCCAGAUAACGGAUAUAUCUAUCAACCAGACAGUUCAGUUGGGUAAAAAUGUAACCCUCUGUUGUCGAGCGGUGGGAAAUCCGGUACCGACCAUAUCUUGGACUCACAAAAACAAUGUCGGGAGUAGAAGUAAACUUCAUGUUGAUUCCGCAAGAUUCGGCGACCAAGGAUGGUAUAAAUGUACAGCACAAAAUGGAAUUGGUUCUCUAGCCACUGCUGGUACAUAUCUUGAUGUCGCGGAAAGAGCCAGUACUUUGAUAAAUGUAAAGAUGACAAUUACUAAUGAGGAAUAUGACACGAGUCUCACGGACGAAGAAAGCGGAAGAUACCAGAACCUCUUAGAGCGUGGUAUUGAAGCGGUCGGAAAUCUCUUCAGAACUGAUAAGAACUUCAAAGGCGUUGAAAUCCUACGUUUCGAAAGAGGCAGUGUGGUAGUAAUUUUCAGUUUAAGAUUCGAGCGAACAGUAGAUACUGACAACAUUAUUUCUGUCCUGAAAUACGCCGCGCGAGACAGAAAACUUGGAAAAUUCAUAAUAGAUCCAUUAUCGAUCACGGCACUUCAAGAUGCCAUUUUUCCAGUAACAAGUUCGCCGAAGGUAUCCUCCUCAGGUAUUUGACUAUAAUUCUUUAAAGAAUCUACGAAAUUUUUAGCGUGGUUUGAACGGCAAAAUACCUAU